AUGGGCACUGGAAAGAUGGACACAAUACAUUUUCUCUGUUUCUUCAUCUUCGCCUUGGCAUUCAUCAAAAGCAGCCAAUCUCUGAACAGCACUGAUUGUGGUGCAGGAUACAGACGUCCAGAGUACACUGACAUCUCUGUGGAAUGUGGGACCACCACCAUCGACCUGGCUAUCCUCGUCUGCCCAGUCAUAUACACCGGCUACAAUGAAUCGCUGUUGGUAAUGAACAAUGUCCAGAAUAAUCCAGACUGCAAGGGGACCCUGGAUUCCACUGCAAACCCCCCAGUUGUGCGGUUCAAAUUCCCACUGAACCAGACCAAUGCCUGUGGCAGCUUCUUCAGAACGACCAGCGCGGCUGGCACUGGGAUAUUUUCAGAUUUCUCCAACAUCCAGACGGUCAACAUCAGUGGUGUAAUUCGGUCAAAUGAUCCCACCAUCGGUAUCGUCACCUACAAUGCAGAACUGAAGUAUUUCUACUCUUGCGCCUACCCUCUGGAGUACCUGGUCAACAACACGCAGAUUGAUGUGUCGGCAUCCUCCAUCGCGGUGAAAGACAACAAUGGGAGCUUCAUCAGCACACUGAGCCUCGAGCUGUUCAGCGAUCCAGGAUACACCUUACCAAUGACCAUUCCUCCCUUGGGAAUUGAGCUGAGGACCAAUAUCUAUGUGCAAGUCAAGGCGACAAACUUGACCUCCGAAUACAAUGUGCUUCUGGACCGAUGCUAUGCAUCCACAUCUGUAUACCCCACCAACUCAACCUUUUUCAACCUCUUUGUCUCAUGCUCGAGAGACCAGAUGACAACGAUGAGCGUGAACGGAGAGAGUCAAAGUGCUCGGUUCUCAUUCCCAGCCUUCCGUUUCCUCGAGCAGCAGAAUGAGACUGUCUCCACCUACUACCUGCAUUGCAUCACCAGACUGUGUGAGAGGAGUACCUGCUCUUCGUUCAAGCAAUGUAACAGGAAGAAGAGAGAGGCGGAUUCAACUGGCAUUACAAACGGCUUGUCCGACUCCAAAACCAUCAGUGGAGGGCCAAUCAUCACCAAAUCAGACAGUAUUCAAACAUCGAAAGAAGAAGUGCUGUCUGAGUCCAACAACGCCGAUGCCUCCGUUGGUCUGGGCGUGGCUGUUGGCAUUCUGGCCCUCGCCUGCAUCGUUAUGGUCGGCAUGGGAUUCUUCUUCUACCGGAGACUGCACCCUGGCACCUCCAAAGUCUUCCACAGCUAAGCAGCGAGCAGGACAGGACCUGAUUCUUCAUGGUAACUUGAGGUUAUCUCCUUCAGAGUGGCGUUUUAAGAAGUUUUUUAGCGUGGCUAUAUUACAGCACUGGUGAAGGACUGAGCGCAAGCUUAUAAUUGCUACUGUUUAUGUUUCUCAUAGCUAUUCAUGCUUAAUAGCAACAUUGUUGUUAGCGAUAUGUGAUAGACCCUUGUUAUAAUCGUAGCAAGAUGUAUGUGUAUAUAUUAAAGUGCAUAAGUGAAAAGCAAGACUAUCUUAAGGCAACUUACUCAAACAACAACCUGCAUUUGUUGUUACAGUUCUUUACACCUGCAGGAAAACUAAUCUAUUAAUGUAUAGCAAUGCUUUGCAAGAUUAGACUUAAAAGACAAAAAACUGGCCAAAUGUAGAUUGUAUCACCAGAAUGCUUACAGCCCUCAACUUCCAUUUCGAUAAUUUCGAGAACAUGUAUCAGAUAUUUUACUGAAUUUGAAUCAAAGCCAUCCAACUAAAGAGAUUAUAUUUUAAAACAAGAGUGUCUGUGUUUGUUAAAACAAGAAAAAAAAAUGAAAUUACCUAGAUACACCCAAAAUACCUAUGUGUGAAAGUAUGUGGUGUUAUGAAAGUGAAAACAUUUUGUUUAGCAAGACACUG